AUGUAUGCGCACGUAGUAGCAGUUUUGGCUGGAUAUUUUGCAUGGAGGACAGUACGAUCAUCUCCAGAGAUUGAUGACAUAGUUUCCGAUGAUUCAACGGCUGAAAAGACUUCAUUGAGAGAUAAACAAGAAUUCAAUAUAAAAAGGAUGAUUCAAAAUGGAUUCUGGGUAUUUGUCGACAUGGCUAGUGGGAGAUACUUGUGGAGGAAUCUCAAGGAGAUGAAGAAAGAUGAGACAUUGAAAAGCUCAUAG